AUGAAAACCAGUAUGAUUGGGUCUGACUAUUUUGGUGGAUUUGACAAUGGGAUUUGUGAGGAUGACUCCAUUGAUCACAUGCUCAAUUUUUUUGACAUGCCAAUGGAAAGUUUGGAAGGUGAUGGCGAAGGUGAAGAUUGGUUUGAAAAGUUCCAAAGACUUGGGCCAAUUCCAACUGAAGUAUUAUCAGGAUCACCCUUGGUUUCCCAAGGCAAGGACGGAGAUGGAACUUUGGAUAUGCAACCUAUGCCUUCUAUUCCUAAAACCAGUAUGAUUGGGUCUGACUAUUUUGGUGGAUUUGACAAUGGUAUUUGUGAGGAUGACUCCAUUGAUCACAUGCUCAAUUUUUUUGACAUGCCAAUGGAAAGUUUGGAAGGUGAUGGCGAAGGUGAAGAUUGGUUUGAAAAGUUCCAAAGACUUGGGCCAAUUCCAACUGAAGUAUUAUCAGGAUCACCCUUGGUUUCCCAAGGCAAGGACGGAGAUGGAACUUUGGAUAUGCAACCUAUGCCUUCUAUUCCUAAUGAUGGAACACCAAAGCUAAGUCAGCAGCCCAAAUUUGUCGAAGAAACCUCCAGCACAAGCAUUCCCCUUCAAAACGAUUCUUCUGAUGGGAAAGAGUCAGCUGUGUUCCAGUCACCUAGCCCAAUUUCUGUCCUUGACAACAGCAGCUCCUGCUCAGUUGAAAAGAGCAAGUCCAUCAGAUAUCUUCCAGGAGCUCCUCGAACCAAGCGUUCAAGAGCCUCAACAUUCAGCCAAUGGUUUGCGAUGUCUCCUAUUCUUUUUGCUGCUUCUGCAUCUGAAAAGAAAAAAAGAAAAGGGAGGAAGAAGAAACUCUCGCAGCUAACUGGUGCCAUGGAGAGACAACAAAAUUCAUUUUUACAGGGCAAAAAGAAACUGUGUCUUACAUCAGAUGCCAUGGAGACAAAUGAAGCUUCCUUGCAUCGACCAGCAACCAAAAAAUGCACACAUUGCCAGGUAACAAAGACUCCACAAUGGAGAGAGGGACCUAUGGGUCCAAAAACCCUCUGCAAUGCAUGUGGAGUUCGCUACCGGUCUGGCCGUCUCUUCCCAGAGUAUCGGCCGGCAGCAAGUCCUACAUUUGUUCCAUCUUUGCACUCAAACUCCCACAGGAGAGUUAUAGAGAUGAGAAACAAAGGUUUCCAGGAGCCAGCAAUGACUGAGGCAGACUGCGGAAUGUCACCUCCGCCUGAAUUCGUUCCUAUGAGUAGCUAUUUUUUUGAUGGCUCAGAAUGAAAGGGACUCUCUUAUCCAUUUCUCCCAAGUCUCUAUUCACACUGUUCUCAGAGCAGAUGAGGAAGGGUGGGCAGAAGGUACCACGAGCCCUCUAUCUCACACAUCAAUUCAGAAGCAAUGGCAGGAGGAGCAAAGGGAAGGGAGAGGUGUUUGGUGGGUGCUGGUGAAGAAAGAUUGUGUGUACAAAUUCUACUUAGAUUCUAUGCUGGUGAAAAUUCUGUGUACAAAGUAGGAUCUUUAUUUAGAUUAGGAAAUGGUUUAGGUAGGGGUCAGAAUAUUACUUAGUAUUAGGAAAAGGAUAUCAGUUAUGUGACAUGAAUUUUUUUUUUUUCAUGUUCUUUCUAGGAAAUCAUUUUUUUGGUUUAUCCAGUUGCCGGAG